GGUACUUCGUCUACGCAUGUCGCGCCACGCCACCCCCGACCAAACGCAGCAGCUUCAACUCCUUCAUGAAGGGCAGACCGCGACAUGUGCCCAGGCCUGCCUACCAGGCUGCCAGACCCCACGCUCCAAAUUCUUUGUGGCCGAAGCCGACGUGCGACUUGAAGGAGAGAGUUCUCUACCUACUUGAUACCUGAAAACCGGAUGAUAAAAUGAGAGGCGAGCACAGCCAGCAAUGUCCAUCCAGCAGCUGCCGGAGGAUGUCAUUGCCCAGAUCAAAUCCUCUACCACUGUAAUCUCUCUGAAUGCGGUCGUCUGUGGCUUGGUCAAGAACUCCCUCGACGCAGACGCGACCAAGAUCACCGUCUCCAUCGACUACGCCCGAGGGAACUGCUCCGUCGAAGACAAUGGCCUGGGUAUCCCCCCCUAUGAAUUCAAGCCGGCGGGAGGCCUCGCCAAGCUCCACCACACGUCCAAAUCCCCCCCUCGUAAUCACGUCCACGGCCGAUACGGUACCUUUCUAGCCUCUGCAGCCGGUCUGUCUCUGCUGUCUGUCACGUCCCAUCAUCACGAAUACCAUUCCCACAACUCUAUUCAGAUUCGCAACGCCGCCGUCUUGGCCCGCCAUACCCCGUCCUUGCCAGAGCAGAGACUGUUGAGUUUCCCCCAUGGAACUCGCGUUACCGUCAGAGACCUUUUCGGCUCCAUGCCCGUCAGGGUCAAACAGAGGGCAAUCGAUGCCGAAAGAGGAGCUCACGCAAGAGACUGGGAACGCCUCAGACGCGCUCUAGUAGCCUUGUUGCUUGCCUGGCCGGGCCACGUCUCUCUGUCGGUCCGUGACUCUGUCGACCGACGUAGUCUUGCAAUUCGUAUCCCUGAGGAGUCCUCAGGCCUCGAAGGAGAGAAAGGUGGCAGUCUUAGUCUCGCCGCGCGCGUCUCGAGGACAUUGUUCCAAGCUCAGUUGUCGGAUGAUAAUUGUCGAGAUGCCUGGGUGCCUCUCCAGGCCACCGCGGGCCAGACGUCAAUCGUAGGUGCGGUGUCGCUAGUCCCAAUAGCAUCCCGGCAUAUACAGUUCAUCAGCUUAGGCGUCCGGCCCGUGUCCAAUGACCACGGUUCGAACGUCUUAUAUGAAGAGAUAAACCGACUCUUUACGAAUUCGAGCUUCGGGGUACUAGAGCAAGCUAUCGAUCUUAAUGAAGACAAAAGAGAUCAGAGGGCCAAAGACCGUCGGUUUAAAACGGACGGGUACACCAACCAAGAACUCAGGGGAAGGAAGGGAGUUGACCGGUGGCCUAUGUUCUAUAUCCGAAUUAAUCUCGGGGACCAUAUGUCUCAACUCGGUAGCUACGAUGCGGACGACAUUUUCCACCGACAGGACGAAAGCUUGAGGGGAAUCGUCGAUCUGUUAAGAGCGACCCUUUACGAAUUUCUCAAGGCGCACCAUCUACGUCCGAGAUAUUGUAGGCCCACCAGUGAUCCCUCACCCCGAGGAUCGAACGCGGAAUAUAGACACGAGAAAUCCUUACCCAGAAGCUUAACACCCAGAGCGCAACUCAGGACAACCCAGCCUCAUACUUCCCGGGACCGUCUUUCUAGUGGGGACCUGGCAAGUACCCGCCUUAACCUUACUCCGGACAGUUUUCGCCGUCGACCUGAAUCUCCUUUCGAUUUGUGGACGCGUAUUAAAUCAGGCCAGCCACAAUAUGCACAUCUAUAUGAGAAACCACCAAAUCAACCUGUCGCUGUAGGACAUAGCGAUAGCCAAAAUCAGCCUACUCAAGGGUCGUCUCUAAAUAAUAUCGACACGCCGCCCAAAGCCCCCCUAAUUUCUCCAGAUGGCACAUUGCUUUGUAUUCCGUUCACUGAUGCGGAAAUUGACGCCCCCAAACCCGGUCAGCAGAUGACACCUGAAGGAGAAGAUCCGGAUGGAGAGCAAUCGAAACUUCGGGAAGCCGAGGAAGUGCUGUGGACGAAUCCGGUGACUAAAGAGGUGUUGACUGUUAAUACCCGGACUGGGUUUGUGUCUCGGCCACAGAGAGUGGAAACGCGCGAGGCUCCCAGGGGUGCUGAUCAUUUGCCUCUGAGAAAGAGAAUACGGACUGACACGAUGGCGAACCCUCGAGAUGAGAGGAGCAAGUGGUUGGAGGAUCUUUUGUCAUCGUGGGAAGACCCCGUUUUUCACCCGCGGGAGCCGCCAAUUCCUGUUGCUUUCGACGAAGCGAAGGCUUUGGCUCUAGUAACGAGAACAUCAAAAGGUGAUUGCCAUGGGUGUAACUCCAGACCAUUAGAGGCCUUGCAAUCUUCUCACAGUGUUGAAAGUAGGCUCUCAAAAGAGCAUCUCCGAAACGCUGAAGUUGUAGGGCAAGUCGACCGUAAAUUCAUUUUUGCUAGGGUUCCUUUAUCCUCCCAACCAGUUGGUUCGAGUACGCAGAGAGAAGACACAUCGCUACUUAUCGUCAUUGACCAACACGCUGCCGACGAGCGUUGCCAAGUCGAAGCCUUGAUGAAAGAUUAUUUUACGGUGGCGGAAGAUGCUGAGAAUACGCCGGUGGGGGGGCGUCGGCUGCCAGUUGUUGCCCAAAUGGAGACGUUAGAGCAGCCCCUGGUCUUCGACAUCUCCGCUCAGGACUGCCAUCAGUUUCAACGCUCCGUCGCAUUUUUCCAGCACUGGGGGAUUGCAUUCCAGAUCGAUCCGGCACCAAAAUCGAAGUCUGUCAACGAGGGGCAAGCGCGAUUAAAAGUCUAUAAGCUGCCGUCGAGUAUAGCCGAGAGGUGCUGUUCAGAGCCUCGGCUACUCAUUGAAUUACUAAGGAGAGAGGUCUGGGGAUUUGCCGAGCAGGGCGUCUUCCGCCACACGGCGGGCGAGGCAGUUCAGCUCGGAAAGCGGAAUUCCGAGGAGCUACAUUGGUUAUCGCGGUUUCACGGCUGCCCUCAAGGCAUCUUAGAUAUGAUCAACUCGAGAGCGUGCCGCAGCUCGAUCAUGUUCAACGAUCCCCUCUCCCGCGAAGAAUGCGUCGACCUGGUUGAGCGAUUAGCCGCCUGCGCGUUACCCUUUCAAUGCGCACACAGCCGCCCAUCGAUAGUGCCAUUGGCUGACCUGGGAGCUAUUCCCAUCAACAUAACAUCGUUCAGGGAACCCGAGAAUAGCGGUUUUGGUGAGGCGUUCAAAAAGUGGCAAGCGAGGUCGGGUGGUGGCUAGAUUUCAUACCUAACAUUGUGAACAGGCUAACUAGGUAGUUGAAGGGAUUAAUAUGGGUAUAUACAUCUGCAUAUUUGUUCUAUCUUUAGAUAGAUGAGUAUACAGCAGGCUUGAGUAAUUUAAGAGAGAUGAAAGUGACACACAUAUCUGUCUUCCUGUUGACGCAUACUCAGGAGGUGGUCUCAGUAGAUAGCCCCUGUAAGUUGUAAGUGAACAAGCCACAAUCAGAUCGAGAGUACC